UUUGGUUCUUUAAAAUAAAUAAACCUACGAAAAGAAAAAACAAAAAUAGCUGAGCAAAACCCUCUUAAAAACCCACGCACUGUCCCCCCCUCUCUCUCUCUCUCUCUCUCUCUCUCUCUCUCUCCUUCAAUCGGGUUCUCCACCGCUAAGUGGCCGCUCUUCCGCUUUCCUCCGCCGUGUUAGCUGCUGCAGGCGGAGACCCACCAAGCACGGCAGUUCCUAAUCCGGAAUCCCAACUUCACACACUGCCAAUUCAUUUGCUGGUGAUUAAGCUUAAUUUGGAAUAAUGGAGAGUAAGUCACGCCGAGAAAAGCGAAAAGAAGCUCGAUUAGCACAUAAUAAGCAAAAACAUGACUCAUGGCUCGAAGAUCAGAAAUCUCAGAGGAUGGAGAGACCAUUAAGAGACAUAAAGUCAAAAAAGGGGAACAAAAUAAAGAGUUCGCGAGCUCGGUUUCUUAAAGAAGAUGAAAUUGUGCGACAAGCUAGUGAGCACUCCAUCAUUCCAAGUAAAGCAGAGAGUAAAUUGAAGCUUGAGGAAGAUCAUGAUUUUAAUGAAUCAAAGAUGGUUAAAGGAAAGAGGAGCUUGAAAAGAACUUUGAAGACUAAGUUUGAAGAGUAUAUUGAAAUGGAGAUGCCGAAUGCUGCCACGCUUGCACAAGAGGACUUGGAAUUGGAGAGGAAACUUGCAAAGAAACUCAAGGUGAAAGAUGGUAAAUUAAGGGGAGAUGAUGAUGACCUCAAUAUGUUAUUUGAAGAUGUGCCAUCUGCUCUUGAAUCUUGGAAUGAAGAAGUCCCAGAUACUGAGGGGUUUUCUGAUGAGAGAACUGUGAACCCUACUUCUAGUAAGAAGCAUAAGAAGAAAAAAUCAGCAGAGCAGGCUUCUGAAGAUGAUAUUGCAGAUGACUCAACUAUUGCAGCUUCUGAGCUGGAGGACAAUGCAGAGAUGGCAUUCGAAGAUAUUCCUGCAAAGGCGCCAGCACGUAAGAGACACAGGAAGAGAAAGUUUUUGCAGCAAGGACAAGAAGCUAACAUGGCAGGUGAGACGGCCCUUGGUGUAUCCCUGCCUGCUGAAAGCCAUAACAAAGAGGUAUCAUUAAAUGAAGCUUCACCCAAGGCACCUGCAAUGGAGGGCAAUGUAAAAUAUGUUGCUCCUCACUUGAGAUCUCGUGCAAGAAAUGAGUCGGAGGAGCAGACUCAAAUUCGCAGACGAGUUCGAGGUCUUCUGAAUAGACUGUCUGAAUCUAAUGUGGAAUCAAUUACUGGGGAAAUGGCCACAAUUUUUCAUUCAAUUAGCUGCAGUGUCAGCUCACAGAUUAUCAUUGAGGAGGUGUUGGCAUCUUGUUACAAUGGUCCUAGAGGCAAUGAACAGCAUGCUGCUGUCUUUGCCUCCUUUGUUGCUGGCAUGGCUUGUUUAGUUGGGCUGGACUUCAGUGCAAAACUCAUUGCUUCACUUGCCAAGACUUUUGAGGAGGAGUAUCUCAAAGUGGACAAUCUUUCCUUGCGAAAUCUUACUCUCUUGCUAUCUUAUCUCUGCAUCUUUGGAGUUUGCUCGAGUGAUUUAAUAUAUGAUUUUCUGAUCAUGUUGAGCGAGAGGUUGACAGAGAUCGAUGUCUCUACCAUCCUGACAAUUUUACAAUGCUGUGGGAUGAAAAUAAGGGGUGAUGAUCCUGCGAAAAUGAAAAAUUUUAUUCUUAGCGUUCAAAACAGGGUGAACGAGUUAAAGGCUUCCUCUGGAGACGGCCAGGCAAAAAUAAAUGGCAGAAGAAUGGAAUUCAUGCUUGAGACAAUAUGUGAUAUCAAAAAUAACAAGAAACGGCCCAAGGAAGAUACGGUGCAACACACUCGGAUCAAGAAAUGGUUACAAAAGUUAAAGGUUGAAACUAUUUUAAUUAGAGGGCUUAAAUGGAGCAAGCUGCUUGAUCCUGAAAAGAAGGGUCAAUGGUGGUUGUCUGGGGAUUUGGUCUCUGCAACCAAUGAUGUUGAAGAGGUUGCCAGCAGAAUCGAUAAAGAAUCUCUCGAGGCACAGAAAAUGCUGGAGCUUGCUGCCGCACAAAGGAUGAAUACAGAUGCCAGGAGGGCAAUCUUUUGUAUUAUAAUGAGCGGGGAAGACUACAUUGACGCAUUUGAGAAGCUUCUAAGGUUGGAUUUGCCUGGAAAGCAGGUGAGGAGUCUUUUUUUCUUGAGAAAGAGAGGUGCCUUUUUCUCUCAUCCCUCAAUAGUUAAUUUGAACAUCCAUCUACAGGACAGGGAUAUUAUGCGAGUUCUUGUCGAGUGCUGCUUGCAAGAGAAGGUGUUUAACAAGUAUUACACUGUUCUUGCUGCCAAGCUGUGUGAGCAUGACAAAAACCACAAGUUUACCUUACAGUUCUGUCUCUGGGACCAUUUCAAAGAGCUGGAUUCAAUGCCAAUUAUAAGAUCAAUGCACCUAGCAAAAUUCAUUGCAGAAAUGGUUGCCUCUUUUACUCUCUCCCUUGCAGUCCUAAAAACUGUUGAGUGGAGCGAUCCCCAGAUGCUAAGCUCAAAAAGGGUCAUGCAUUUCAGAAUGCUAUUUGAGGCCAUCCUUGAGUACCCUGAUAAGCUUAUAUGGAACAUGUUCACACGUAUAGCCGUCACCCCAGAGCUUGAACCUCUUCGACAAGGCAUGGAGUUCUUCAUCAAGGAGUAUGUUGUGAAAACGAACAAGAAAGUCAAUGAUAAAUUUAAGGUUGCAAAGAAAGCCCUUAAUAACAGUGAGGGAGUUCUCAUGUGAGCCUCAAAGGUUCCAUUAUUUUUGUCCUUCAAGCUCAAUUAUUUGAUUAUAGUUGUUUGGUUGACUAGACCAAAUUCUUGUAGAGAAAAUUUUCAAUCCCAGUCAGAAGUAGGUUUUUCAGAUUUCUUAUUUCUACGGUGAAACAUACUUAAGACUGGUAUGUGCCUAAAACUCCCAGAAAUGAAGUGUAAUAUUGUUUU